AUGAGUAUGGCUGAUUUUCAGAAUUUUAAGUUCGAGGAUACUAUUCCGGAUCUUUCUCCGGAAACUCGAAUGAAGUUCCGCAAGUUUCUGCAAGUUACUGGCAUUGAGAACAUGGUGAUCAAUGACGGUCGAAGGAUUACCGAUGCUGACGUACUGAAUGAAAUUAGGAAGGAAAUGGCCAUCAGGUCGCGAAAUGAGGAACUGCGUACAACAUCAUUGAUUCCCGCAUGUAUCAGCGGUGACGAUGAAACCGUGAAAGCCCUUUUACCUUCUGGUGAGUACGAUGUAAAUGAGGUCGCUCCGGAUGGCGAAACCGCACUGACUUGCGCUGUUUCUGCGAAUGCGCUUCGUAUCGUGGAAAUGCUGCUGAAACACGGGGCUGACCCAAAUUUCCGCGGCAAAAAGGUUGAGUGCACACCGCUAAUGGACGCGGCAAGUGUGGGUUACACCGAUAUAGUGCGGCUUCUCCUUGAAUAUGGGGCAUGCGUUGGACUGAAGUCGAACACAGGCAACACUGCAUUGCACUACGCAGCCACUGCUGGCCAUUUGGAGUGCGUGUGUUUGUUACUGCAGUAUAACAGCCCGCUGGAAGUUCAAAAUGAAACUGGACACACUCCGCUUAUGGAGGCAACUAGCAACGGACACAUAGAUGUGGCUCGUUGCCUGAUCAAGAAUGGAGCCGACAUAAAUACUCAUUCCACCGAGUUCAAGGAGUCGGCUCUCACACUAGCUAGUUAUAAGGGACACGCGGAAAUGGUGCGGUUCCUCCUGGAAGCCGGAGCAGAUCACGAGCACCGUACAGACGAAAUGCACACUGCCUUGAUGGAAGCGGCUAUGGAAGGCCAUGUCGAAGUGGCCCGAUUGUUGUUGGCUCAUGGCGCAAAUGUUAACAUACCUCAAGACAGCUUCGAGUCGCCUUUGACCCUGGCAGCCUGCGGUGGUCACACCGCACUGGCCCAUUUGUUGAUUGGUUACGGAGCCGAUAUUGAAGAGGUCAAUGAUGAGGGCUAUACUCCACUAAUGGAGGCUGCACGGGAAGGCCAUGAGGAAACAGUUGCCUUGUUACUCGCAGUUGGGGCCGAUGUUAAUGCACGAACGGAAGAGACACAAGAAACUGCUCUCACUCUCGCCGCUUGUGGUGGAUUCAUCGAAGUUUGCGAAAUGCUGCUUAAUGCCGGUGCUGAUAUCGAGGUUGGGGGCGUGGGUUGUUCAACGCCGCUAAUGGAAGCUGCUCAGGAAGGCCAUCUUGAUCUGGUUCGUCGCCUGCUUCAGCGGGGCGCCGCCGUUAACGCUGUGACCGCUACUGGUGACACUGCACUUCACUAUGCAGCUGAAAACGGUCAUGUUAAAGUGUGCAAGGAACUGCUUGAUUGGGGGGCCGUCUUUGGCGCACUUGCUGAAGGUGGAAGAACACCUCUGAUGAAGGCAGCACGGAGUGGAAAUCUAGAAGUCGUCCAACUCUUCUUGGAGCAUGGUGCACCCAUUGAUCAACCAACCAUCCAAAAUGACGCCAAUGCGCUCUCUUUGGCUUGUAGUGGGGGUCAUGCCAAAGUUGUCAAAUACUUGUUACAACACGGUGCUGACCCCCAAUACCAACUACGGGAUGGGUCUACGAUGCUAAUUGAAGCCGCUCGAUCGGGUAGCUCUGCUGUGCUCCGGCUCAUUCUCGAUUACCCCGGUUGUCUUACUCAGCCUUCCACAGUUCCUCUGCCAGCAAAUGGUCUACCUCAACUCCAGCACCAGCAGCAGCUCCAACUCCUCCAGCAACAUCCCUAUCAGUCGAUUGCGAACGACACCCAGUCCCCCGCGGGUGCCACACCCGGUAUGCCCCCACCGCCCCCACCGCCCUUACCACUUCCCAUCACGACAGGUGGCGCAGUGGACUCUUGCCUGGAUUCUGCUUACAUGCAUUUGCAUAACCAGCAGCAUUCACUCUCUUGUCGUGCGCAACACUUACACCAACCUUUACCAUUUCAAACACAAAAUCCUGGCAUGGUCGUAUCCACCAACCCCACUCAGCCUCCGUCCCAUCUAGAUGCUGCAUUGGUAAGCGCUUACGCGGUAGGCUGGGCCGAUGGCGCCGCGUCGUUGGUGCAGCAACAGCAUCAAGCGUUCUCCUGUUCAAACGCUCAUCCGCCUGAAUCACUUAUCUUAACUACCACAAAUGCGAUGCUCGACGCUGCAUCCGCGCCGCAGAGUUUAUCUCUUGGAUCCUGUCUUCCCUCUACUACUGUUCAACAAUUUCGAACCAUUGUUGGGAGCUCCUCGCCGGAGUCACAGUUUGCUCAAAUGGAUGGCGGUUAUACGAAUACAAUCCAGCCUGAAUCGAAUACGAAUAUGGUCUCUUGCUCCUCUAGUGCCACCACAAACAGCUUAAGCGGCAGCAGCUCCGUCAGCAGUGGCAGCAGCGCGUCUUCUUUGGUUGCUGGCGUUCCAGCAGAUCAUACUACUGACAUUGGUGCCGGCCUUCUGCAAGCUUUGUUUCAAGAACUGAUGCCCGACAAGGAAGAAUUACUACGCCGUUUUGAGGCCGUCAUUUGUCCCUACAACGCUCUUCGCGUGGGCCGGCCAUCUUUGGGACAACAGGUUGGCAAUGCCAAUGCGACGAACGCAGCCGCGAUCGCCCUAAGCCGCCUAGUAGAUCAGCAGCAGCACUGUAUUCAGCGAUCUGUUGCCUCGGAGACUGUCAUUGACCGCAGGUCGCCGCGACAAGUUUCUCAAUGUCCACAUGUCUCUGCUACCUUCCAGACCCAAGUCACCAGAAGGGAUAUGUUAGAUACUUGUGGAGACGAACUGUCUUUGGACGAUCUACCUAUCGUUUCCGUUAACUCGAGUGAGCUUCAUCGGACGCUGAAUACGGAGGACCUGUUGGAAUCCGCAACUCUGGGUUCAAGCGCUUCGAACACGACUCCAAUUCUUUCUUCUUGUCAUUCUUCAUCCUCGGCGCUUUCUACUCCCGAAUGUUCCGCGUCUUCUUCCGCUGAGGUCGCCGAUUCUAUUUGUCUACCUGGCAACUUCGCAACGGCCACCAUGGGUCCCGCCUCACCACUGGCCUCUCAAGAAUUUGAGCUUGAUAAGGCAGCUGAAUUACUCAUGCCAUCCAUCGACUCUCCAUACCUAGCCGGGAUGAUAGAUACCGUCGGUCUUGCCAGUACACAGGGCCUUUUUCACGAGCCCUCCAACCACGAAAUGUUGGCCACUUGUCGACACUAUCACCAUCCGGGCACACACAUUGGUUGUGUUAUGGACGGCGCAGCUACUGCAUCUGCCGUGGCGAAUCUUACUCACCCGAAUUCUCACCCCGGUCUACAUCAUCAUCAUCACCACCAUCAUAUGCACCAUCAUCCGUUAGCUGUUCCACCCGGUGGUGGUGGAGAGGGACUAGUCUCCUCCGGCAUGUCCGUUGAGGCUUUGAUGGCCAAUCAAGCUGGUGCACUUGCUUACGACCCCGCAAAUGUGAUGGCCACCCAUCCAAUCCACCAGUCUUCCCUACCGAUGAAUGGUCCUCGAGUCAUACCGAUGGGCUCGGCGGCUAUGCUUAAUUCUACCGGUACUUGCAUGUCCACAGCGCAUGUCUUGAAUCCUGCCGACAUGUCUUCUGUUCAUCAUCUAUCGAAUCCCGCAAUGAGCACGGAACCUAUCACGCCAGUGAACUUACCAUCCUUAAUCGAUGUCAAUGCAUGUAUUGAAUCGAGCAUGGAAACUGCACUGACCUUAGCCUGUCAUGGAGGCUACACCGAACUUGUCCGGCUGCUUCUUGAACGAGGUGCGGACCGGGAGCAUCGGGACAAAAAGUCGCACACACCCCUGCAUACCGCUGUGUACGCAAACCAACGCGCUGUGAUUGCCCUGCUGCUUGACUACGGGGCUGACGUCGAAUCGCAAGUCGAUCGAACAAAAGACACCGCGCUUUCAAUAGCGUGUUCGCAUGGCAUGUUUGAGAUUGUCGAGGAACUUUUAAAUCGCGGAGCAAAUAAAGAACAUCGCAAUAUUUCCGACUAUACUCCCUUGAGUUUGGCUGCUUCCGGCGGACACGUCGAGGUCAUUCAACUGCUUCUUCGCCACGGGGCUGAGAUCAAUUCACGGACGGGCUCCAAGUUGGGCAUUUCGCCAUUGAUGUUGGCCUCUAUGAAUGGUCACACAAAUGCCGUCCGUCUUCUGCUGGAGCAUGGAUCAGAUAUUAACGCCCACAUUGAGACGAACCGGAACACUGCUCUGACGUUAGCUUGUUUUCAAGGGCGCCACGCCGUCGUUAGUCUACUGGUUGAACGCAAAGCCAACAUUGAGCAUCGGGCGAAGACUGGCCUAACCCCACUCAUGGAGGCAGCCUCUGGUGACUACGUGGAUGUUGGUGUUAUUCUGCUGGAACACGGAGCAGACGUGAACGCUGCUCCUGUCCCAAGCUCCAGGGAUACUGCGCUAACAAUUGCAGCUGAUAAAGGGAAUGUCAAAUUUGUCAACUUGCUACUUGAAAAAGGCGCUAUCGUGGAGGCACGAAACAAAAAGGGUGCCACAUCCUUGUGGCUCGCUUCCAACGGCGGGCAUCUUGAAGUCGUUCAAAGUUUAAUCCAAUACAAUGCUGAUGUCAAUAGUCAAGAUAACCGGAAAGUCAGUUGUCUCAUGGCCGCGUUCCGGAAAGGUCACGUGAAUGUGGUUCGCUUUCUCGUUCAAUACGUCACUCAAUUCCCAUCGGACAAGGAUUGUCUGCGGCACAUUAAGACAGCAGUAACUGACAAGGAACUGGCGAAGCGCUGUCAGCAGUGUCGUGAGAUAAUCAUUGCUGCGAAAGAAAAGCAAGAAGGCGAAGCGAGGAAGAAUGCAAACUGCUUAUUGGAGCAAAUCGAACAGGAGGAGGAAGAGCGUGCCAACCGAGAAGCUAUCCAAGCCCGAAAACGAGAGCGCAAACGUAUGAAGAGAAAGGCAAAGCAAGAAAAAGAACGCCAGGGCAAAGAACCGAUGCCGACAGAAAAUCAAGUGACCCACGACGAAAUGAAUGGGAAUAUGGAUCCUGUCAGUGAAAAUGCGGGAGACGAACCGGACGAGCCGGAUGGAUCCAGCUAUGAGCGACGCAGCCCAACUUUAAGUCACGCUAUCCGACAUGUGCGCAAAUCAUCAUUCGAUAGUCAGCAUUCGAAUGACAGCAUCACUGACGCUACAUACGGUGCCGACAAUGUUGGAUCGCAAUCACCGAUUCUACCUAAUCCUGAGAGCACAAAAGCUUCAUGUUUCUCCAAAAAAAGCGAGUCACAGCCCUCAGUUGACAAUGCCUCAACUGAUGCCACUCCGUUAGUCCAUUCGUCGGCGAGUCCUCCGGUUUCGGAGCCUACACCUCCCUUGUGUGUACCCGCAAGACAGUCCACUACUGUUGCCCCCGAAUCUCCCUUACCAGAUCCUUCCAUUUCGCAGCCUAACCAGUCCACAGCUGCCACCACGGAAGCAAAGCGCGAAAAGCAUCGAAGUAAAAAACAGAGCCAGCGUGCAGCGAAGCGAGCAGCUGCUGAAAAUCAUGCAGUCUCUGAUCCGGAAAAGUUGGCGGCCAACUCGGUUAGUCUAAACGAUGAUGACUCGGCACAACUAACCCCUUCCGUUACCUCUACUUACUAUCCUAUGCUUCCAAACGGGAAUGGUGAGUUGAGUUGGAAUGCUUUAAUCGAAUCCCACGGUGCACAACUGAGCCAAUACUUAACUAGCAGCUUGUGUGUAUCCACUGGGAAUGAAGCCAAUUCCUGGACAACUGUACUCUCAUCUGGCAACACACGUGCACAGCGCAGCACCACUCAAGGGCGGACUGGGAUUGAGUCAACUGACUGGAAAACAACUUCUAAUAGCUCAUCAUUCAAGAGGAGAAUUUCUAUCCCAGUUUCACGACAUGACAUUGGCAAAGUAAUCGGUCAAGGUGGAGCAGUUGUUAGCGCUUUGCGCAAUAUGAGUGGCAUACAGAUCGAUAUUGAAAGUGCCCGGAGCGAUGAGGUUACGGAACGGAUGGUGUAUUUAAAGGGACCCGGAGAUGCAGUGCAACGCACGUACGAGACUAUCCAGGGCCUACUAAAUGGCUCAAUUGCAGGCAAUGACGUUCUACUCAUGUAUGCGGCCCUGAAAAAGUCUACUACCACAGCCAACUCAACCAUUGGCAAAACGGCAUUGAGUGCUCUCAGUUCUAAGGCUUUGAGUAGUGCCGCCGCAGUUACCACUGUUUCAAGCGCCUCCAAAAACCCCACCCCUGGCCCCCGGACACCUGGAUCUGGAAAGUCCAGCCGAAGGAUGACGAAAUCGUCCACUUCUACUGCUACCACUCCUUCCGUUCCCAUUCGAACCUGUUCCUCUCAGGUUGCUGCCCUACUUUUGUUGAGUCGCGCAUCCAGUGUCGCCUCAAAAGCUGCAUCUACUGUGACCGCCACUUGCGCGAACAGCAACAACAACAGCACUCCACACCUUGGUCCGACUGCAGCUGCUCCUUCCUGCACCUGUACAACCGCCCUGAGUACCAAAAUUACUACAUCCAACUCGCCAAACUGGAGUUCACGUGUGCUUGCAAGCGCCAAUUCGACGAAGGGGAAUUUCGCUUCCGUCGCUGCCGCUGGACUUACACCCCAUUCCCGCCUUAGCACUCGGAUUGGCAGUGAGAGUGCUACCACUAAGCCCAGUCAACCGAUUAGUAAAUAUGCAGCCGUGCCAAACCUGAUGCAGAAUUUUCCUUCGGUCCCACCAACUACCGCUCCUGUUUCUCUUUUGUCUUUGAAUAUUCCUCCACUCUCCUCCAGCAGCCAGAUGUUUCCCGAUUUGGUAGUUUCGUUCGCCACAUCCAAUGAUAUCGCUCCUGAUUCAAUGGACGAAGCUAGCUUCCCUCCUUUGAACCCUAAGGUCACUCGUGCUAGUACUGUCAGUUCCACCACUGAGAAACUGGUCAAUACUGCUCCGUCCACCGUUCCUGCUUCAGGCUGUGAAAGCCAAAGCGAUAUACCGGAUGCUGACUCCAUAUCACAAGAGCAACGAAUGGGAUGCUUGUUGGAAACGGAACCAUUGACAACCCCCAACACAUCUUUCCAAGCAAACGGGGCUCCAACGUCUGUUCCAGAGACCCUUUCCUGUGACGUAUCGCCAGCCGUAUUCAAACCGCUGACAGUAUCUCCCCCUGUCGGGCCGGCGAUCCAUGCAUCUCAGCCGUCCACACCCGUUGGCUCUGGUAGCAGUCACACAACUUGUUCCGGCACACCUCCCGCCACAACUACAUUAGCAAAGCCCUUCGCCCGCGCACCUGGCUCCGAGCGGAGUGCUCAUCAGCGGAAUGCCAAUCUUAAUUCAUUAGCUCCGUCAGCUCCUUUGGGCGAUUCAUAUGCUCCGUCGCUUAUUCCCUUGGAUGUUGGCGUCUGCACAAGCAUUUCAGAUUCUCAUCUCCUCACUCCAACCAAGAGAGCGAUUUCACCCGUAACACAGGACUCUGAGUUCCAUUCUUCUAAUAUGUCCACCUGUUAUCGAGUUGGACAGUCCUCAGAAUGGCUUGAGGGUGAUCCCAACUCCACUACCAUCUCCCAACCAUGUAUGUCAUUUCAGAAGACAUCUGGAUUUUCACUCGAUCCUCGUUCAAGCACUGACGUGUCUACCAGCGCCGCUCCUGUUCACCAGCCGCUUUUGGGCAGUACUGUCACCGGUCUGAAUACUACCAAGUCUCAGCAUCGACCACCAGAUAGCCUCCAUUUAUCCAAUAUCACUCCUUGGCCCAUACCAUCCACGGACCUGAAUCCGAAUGCAUUGGCCUUCGAGCCAUCAGCAUUUCAAGCUCCUGGGCAGUCCUCAGUGCAUCAGGUCCCUAUCAAUAACUUGCGGACAACCGUUGAAUCUGGGGUUUCUCUUAUUUCCUCUUCCAUGAUGCGACCCGGCUACGGAGACCUGUCCAACUCCGAUCUUAUUGCGAACGCACAUUCUCUGGACCAAGGCCUUGUUGGAAAUUUACGACAAGUAACCUCUCACGCUCCUUUGAAACCAAAUGCGGCUGGUACUUCCCUACAACACUCCAGCUGUACGCCUUCAUCUUUGGGCUUAUCUAGCUUCUCCCAAGGCAACGCCGUAACUAACGUGGCUCGCUCAAAACCGCUACUUUCUGUUGCGCCAAACACGUUUUCGGAACCACAUGUCUCUCUUUACAAUGGCUACUCCAAUUCAGUGAAUCCGCCACACCAGCUUCAUCCGUCCUUAUCCACUCUUGUUGCUGGCACACAGUUUCACUCAAUGUAUCCGUCUUCGUCCCACCAGCAAGCGAUUGGGGGGUUCAACUCUCUGACCCACCAACAAGCCUCUGCCACUUCUCGCUUAGGUACUGGCGGUUCGCCGCACCCACUCUUCAACCAGGCUCAACACGCUAUGGGCUGUCCAAGUAUCUCCUCCGGUUCCUAUACUCCUCCACUAUGCGUGUCUGGAUUUAUGCAACCCGGAGGCCCCGCACCAGCUCCACAUUUUUCUGGGUCAUUCUCCACACAGCUAUUAAACGGGGGUGGCUCCACUAUUCCGGUUCUGAGCGGUGGGUCCUUGUUGAAUAGUUCCCCCAGUGUGCCGCAAUCCUCUGUUCAAUCGGCACCCAUCCAGCCAAUCGGUGCUGAAAGGCGAAGACAAGCCACAACUGCGCUAGCUUCAACUGUUUCCACUUCGCAACCUACAGUUUAUCCCACUCCAACCAACAAUACUACCGGUCCCGGGCCUUAUGGAUUCGGCUCUGCUAGUCUAACGAACUCGACCGCUACGGUUCAGCCUCAGGCUCCUUCUCAGCAACCGUCUAAUCCAAAUUUGUUCAUGCUCAUGAAUUUAAUGCAACAGCAACAGCAGCACUUGGGUCUUGCUGCACCCGCUUCUCACGCAUCCGCCAAUUGGCAGUCCCCUCCUUGGCCGACCAAUAAUGUGGCAAGCAAUUUCUCUACCUCAAUGGCCAAUGCCGGUAAUGCACCUCCUGGUAAACUGACAACUAGUGAACUGGCCGAUUUUGGUGCUUAUACCAGCUCGAACUUCCUCCAGGGCGGUUUAUCUUCCAGCAGUGCCACCAGUCAGCAACAACAACUUGUCGCUGCAAUGGCCGCAAUCGGCAUGUGCCCUUGGAAUGGCAAUGGAUCCACCAAUUCAGGUUUGGUGGCUCCAAUGUCAGCGAGCUCACUGCCUCCUGGAUCUGGCGGACCGAACCGAUGGGUUUACCCACCACAAGGAAAUUCCGCAUUUGCAAGCGCUAGUCUUACUGCGCAAGCUUAUUUCCAAGAUCAACUAGCUCCAACCUUGAAGGCCUCUAGUGUCCCUCCACAUCACUCCCAAUCGACCCACAGGCCUCGUGAAUAAGCUCUUUGCUGCCGUUUUCUCACCCAUUCUGCUCGGGACCUGUACUUAUAACAGUAGUGAGCACGCGUCUUUCUGCGUUCGGUAUGAAGUUUGCCUUUUGAACUUUUUACGCGGUGGCUUAACUAUCCAACCAUCCAAUCGUGGCUCAGUGCUCUCGAUUCACUAUGCGCUUCAGUGGACCCCAUACAUGCACUUCCUUUCUGUUCCACAAUUUGCGUUGCCUGUUCUCUCUUCGCUCCCGCUUGUUUUCUUCUGGCGUGUGCUUUUAUGUAUUUAAAUUGCUGCAUAUUUUUUCAUGGUCCUUUCCCGGUUUUUGGAGCGAAGUGUCGAUCCCGGGCAUCGCAAAUUUUGUUCCUGUGGUUCAACUCCACUCCUUCCCUCUCCGCACAUUCUUCAUGUGUUAAUCUUUUCUCACCUGAAUCUCUUUAUUACAAACAAACUUCCAAGGUUAUGGCCUCAAUUUUGCGAUGAGGGUAUUUUAUUUCGUUCUUCUGUUUAUUGAAUUCCUUAGUUUUCUCGCGAACGCAUUUCUUGCAUCCAACCUGGCUAACACCCGUGCAUACUGCCUUACUGCUGUCCGCUACUAUCCCCCUAUUUUGCACAAGCCAUAAUGAGUUUUUCUAACACGACUGUGCUAUGUGAUUGUCAAACGUUGCCAUCACUGACUUCAGGCUGUUGUGUUCGCAUUAGAACUUCAUUUUGGGUUUUCAUUAUUAUUACUGCCUUUGUUCUUCUGGUCCUUGAUUGUUUGUUUCGUCGUCCUGGUGCUCCUCCAGUUCCGCGUUCUUUUUUUCAUUCUCCCGCCCAGGCGCUUUUUUCAGUGCCUCAGUCUCCUGUGCGCAUGCUUCUGUGACUCGAAACCGCGGUUGGAUUUCAUCCAGCUUCCUCUGCUGCGGCCCGAAUCUACGACUCUGGGGCCAAUGGUGGUAGAUCCUUUCAGCGAAGCUGCGCCACGGAGAUGUAGUUGCAAACAAGCUGCUCUUACGUUGCUGAUCGGUUGACAUUCGCUAAUCUUUCACCAUCACCAUUUUGCCCCUGCAUCACCACGAUUUAGCAUCGAGUCCACACCUAGCCCUGUGUACCCCCAGGCUUUCAGGUCGAUUCGGCCCUGUAUCUGCCCUCAUGUCUUCUAUCCCCACUCCCGCCGCCGUCCUCUGUGUGAAGUUGUUCUAGCAGCGUGAUUCGCUUGAACCACUUCGGGCCUGUUGAUUAGUAUGCGCCUAGUUUGUCCCUGGCCGGUCAACUGGUUGGUGGCGCUCCCUCGUCAUUGUAUUGUAUUGUAUCAUAGAUCAAGCACUAUUUGUGACGUUCUCUCUUAGACAACAAUAUACGGGAUUCUAACUGCCACCUUCUCAUAACGGCCAUAACUAGCUCAGUCAUCGGUGAGAUCACGUUUCUAUCCGCUGCCGUCUGAUAAUUGUGUUGCGAAGGUGUUCACAUUUUCAUUCAUUACAGUCUUCUGUGCG